CUCUCCCCUCCUGUCCUCACUCUGCAGACGCGGCUGAAGAUGGCAAGAAGGUUCCCUCUCUUGCUGCUGGUGCUGGGCUCCCUGUGCCUUGCGCCAGCCUGGGGAGGCCGGCAGAUGCCCAAACUGUCCGACAAGAAGAUGUGUGCGGACGAAGAGUGCAGCCACCCCAUCCUGAUCGCCCGAGCUCUGGAAGACUUUUACCCCCAGGACUGUCGCUUCAUCCCCAUCCGCCAGGGCCAGCUCAUCUACGUCUACGCCAUGCUGAAGGACCGCGGAAAUCUCUUCUGGGCCGGCAGUGUUCAGGGCGAGUACUACGGAGAGCAGGAGGCCCGCCUGGGCCACUUCCCCAGCAGUGCGGUGGAGGAGACGCACGUUCUGAUGCCCGCAAGCGUGGAGGUCAACACAGACAAGUGGGACUUCUACUGCCACUGAGGCUGCGGUCCGGCCCAGCCUGUGGUCACCCGAGCGCUGGGGGAGAGGAACUUGCCUGGCGGUGUCUGUCUAACCCGGAAGGCUCCGCCUUUCGUUUGCUGCCGGGGCUGUGGUCAGCACCGCCGCUGGCCUCCAGUCUGUGUUUCGUUAUGCUUAAUUAUUCCAGCCCUACAGGAAGUCUUGACCAAAGCCUUAAACCUGACGGCAGCCCUGUGCCUCAUCCUAAAACUAUAUUUUAAUGUACCCCAUUACUUCUGAGUGAGUAUACUGUAUAGCAUUUCAUUAUUCCAGCUUUAACCCUAUGUAAGAAGUGCAAAAGCACAGACAGAAAUCAUCUCUAAUACCAUACAGUACAAUAGGGUAUUGUAUUAUACCGCACUAGUAUACCAUGUAUUUUAGAAUAGAAAACAGUAUAUUUGAUACAGUAUGUUGUGUAUUUGAUCUUAUGUUGGUCAAGCGUGGCGACAGCAGGCCAGUGGAUAAUAUCAAAUAAACUCCGACGUUUGCA